AGUUGGCGCAACGGCUUCGAAGUCAGCGGCGCUGCCUCGCAUCGAACAGUCUACAGCCAGCGGACUAACUAAACAGACGCGCUCCCGUUCCCAAUACCCAAAUCCAUAACCGUUCCCGGGUCAUUAUAAAACCGACAAUCGCAUUCUAUAGGCAAAUCAAACGCGUGCCAGAAACCGCGGGUGCAACAAUAAACAUCUCUUAAAUCUCAACAGCAAACCAAAGAUCAAUUCUAAGAUGAGCCAUCACUGGGGCUACACCGAAGAGAACGGACCCGCACACUGGGCCAAGGACUAUCCACAUGCAUCCGGACAUCGUCAGUCACCAGUGGACAUAACGCCAUCCAGCGCCAAGAAGAGCAGCGAUCUUAAAGUAUCGCCACUGAAAUGGAAGUACGUACCGGAGGAUACAAAGAGUCUGGUUAAUCCUGGCUACUGUUGGCGCGUGGAUGUCAACGGCGCCAAUUCGGAGCUGACCGGUGGACCGCUGGGCAAGCAGAUUUUUAAGCUGGAACAGUUCCACUGCCACUGGGGCUGCACAGACUCCAAGGGCUCGGAGCAUACGGUCGAUGGUGUAUCCUAUGCCGGCGAACUGCAUCUGGUACACUGGAACACCACCAAGUACAAGUCGUUCGGUGAGGCAGCCGCCGCCCCCGAUGGCCUGGCCGUGCUGGGCGUCUUCCUGCAGCCUGGCGAUCAUCACGAGGAGCUCGACAAGGUGAGCAGCGUGCUGCAGUUUGUGUUGCAUAAGGGCGAUCGGGUCACAUUGCCCCAGGGCUGUGAUCCCGGCAAGCUGCUGCCAAAUGUGCACACCUACUGGACAUACGAGGGCUCGCUGACAACGCCGCCCUGCUCGGAGUGCGUCAUUUGGAUUGUGUUCAAGACGCCCAUCCAGGUGUCCGAGGAUCAACUGAACGCCAUGCGCAAUCUCAAUGCUUACGAUGUCAAGGAGGAGUGUCCCUGCAACGAAUUCAAUGGCAAGGUCAUCAACAAUUUCCGUCCCCCGCUGCCGCUCGGCAAGCGUGAAUUGCGCGAAAUUGGCGGACAUUGAAAAAUGAAUGGAUAUUGUUGUUAUUGGAUCACAGUCAAAGCCAUUGGAUUCGAGUCGUAUGUUUAGCUUUCAUAUAAAUUAACACUGCGUGCACCGUAGGAGCGGAUCGGAUGCAGCGCUGAAUUACCCAUCAACCAACGACCCCAUCGCAACGAGCAGCGGCUGAAGUUCCCAUUGUUAAUGUCUCGUUUUAGUCUGUACUACUUUAUAGCAAACACUUGUACCUCUUUUUAUGUAUUUGCUUGUAGAACUGUAUUUGUAUCUUGUUAUAUGUAUUCGUACGUUGUACUUGGUACGCUUCUUUGUUAAACAUUUGCUAAAUGACAAUUAGAUUAAUGUGUAUUACACUUUAUGGUAUUACAAAAUAAAUAUAUUACUUUUA